GUCCAUCAGAUGUCGUGGCGUUCAUCCUUCCGCUGCUCAAAGUUUCGCCAUGUCUUCGGAAAGCCCGCCACCAAGGAGCACAGCUAUGACGGGAUGCCAAUCACCAGUAGUGUCCACGACAACCACUACUGCUCAGCCAAUCCCUGCUUCAUUGCUGUGGUGACCGAGUGCACAGGAGGCGGGUCGUUUUUAGUCCUGCCCAUCCAUAAUACAGGCAGGGUGGACCCUCAGCACCCAAGGGUGUGUGGUCACAGUGGCAGUGUCCUGGACGUCAAGUGGAACCCAUUUGAUGAUUACUGCAUUGCCUCAUGCUCGGAGGACUGCACUGUGAAGAUCUGGGAAAUCCCACUCUAUGGCGUCCAAAAGAACCUCACCAAGGCCAAGAAAACUCUGAUUAGUCACUCCAGAAGAGUGGGGCUUAUUGAGUGGCAUCCAACUGCUGAGAACCUCCUGCUAAGUGCUGCCUAUGACUACAAGGUCCUCCUCUGGGAUGUGUCCCAGCCCGGUGCAGUAAUCAGGUAUCCGGUUCGGGUGGUGCUGAUGCCAGUCCACCACCGCUACCCGUCUGAGACACUGCUGCUUUCAGUCAGCUUCAACAGUGAUGGCAGCAGGCUGGCGGUUACUUCCAAAGACAGACAUGUUCGAGUCCUGGACCCUCGGUCAGGAAAGAUUUUACAGGUGUCUAGCAGUAAGUCCCACAAGGCCAACAAAGUUUUGUACAUCAGGGGGUUGAAAAUGCUUCUAUCUACUGGCAGCUCACCUUGGAACCACAGGCAGAUUGUUCUCUGGGAUCCUGAUGACUUAUCUGAACCUUUGUACGAAGAAGAUCUGGAUGGGUCUGCUGGAGUCCUCUUCCCGUUCUACGAUCCAGACACACACAUGCUCUACUUGGCUGGAAAGGGUGACGGAAACAUCCGGUACUACGAGCUGAGCACUGAGAAACCUUACAUCAGCUACCUGACCGAGUACAGGUCCCUGCUGCCACAGAAAGGACUCGGGGUCAUGCCGAAGCGCGGCCUAGAUGUGAGCGCCUGUGAGGUUUUCCGGUUUUAUCGCCUCAUCGCUAUCAAAGACCUGGUGGAACCGCUGUCCAUGAUCGUACCACGAAAAGAGUCAGGAAUUUUCCAAGAGGACCUCUACCCAAUGACAGCUGGAAACCAGGCAGCCAUGACGGCUCAGGAGUGGCUGUCGGGGGUCAACAGAGGCCCAAUACUGAUGUCCCUGAAGCCCGAGACUCGAGUAGCCAACCCUUACCCAGAAACCCCAGCUGGGAAGGGGCUGGUGAGGCAGCUGAGCUCGCUCAGGUUCCAGAGGAGCGCAACUGUUAGCACGGUGACGGGGAUAAACCAGGACUUUAUAGAGGAGGCCUUCCUGGAGGAGCAGCUGUCCUAUCAGGACGCCAAGUACCCCAAAGAUCUGAGCGAUCUGUCUGGGUGGCAGCCAGAUGAGACCCAGGUCCCCCUGUGGACAUAUUGCUGCACCCCGCACUGCUGCGAACCUACAGAGAGACCGCCACCGAUGUCCGAGAGCGAGCUCCUGCAGGCGUUUUACAAGCAGCAGGAUGAGAUCAGAGGUCUAAGGCAGGAGCUCCAUCAGAAAGAUAUUAAAAUUGCUCAGCUCGAGGUGGAGAUCAAAAACACCAGAAACAUUUCCCCAAACAACCAUACAAAAAAAAAUUAA